AUGGGUGACAGGUCCCCGGGACAGGGUCAAGGCUUCAAGGAUGGGGACACAGAGAUGCCCUGGCAGGGGGACACGAACAACAUGAUCGACCGUUUCGACGUGCGGGCGCACCUGGACUAUAUCCCCAUGUACACCCCGCCCCUGCUGAACCCCAUCUCCCCCGAGCAGGAGUCUGAUGAGAGAAAGUGCAACUACGAGCGGUACCGAGGCCUGGUGCAGAACGACUUCGCCGGCAUUUCAGAGGAGCAGUGUCUCUACCAGAUCUACAUCGACGAGCUCUAUGGGGGACUCCAGAAGCCAAACGAAGAUGAGAAAAAGAAGCUGGCGGAGAAAAAGGCCUCCAUCGGCUACACGUACGAGGACAGCACUGUGGCUGAGCUCGAGAACUCCUUGGAGAAGCGGGGGGAGGAGGAAGACUCCGAGGAAGACAGCAACACGGAUGAAGACGAAGUCAUCCCCGAUAUCGACGUGGAAGUGGACGUGGACGAGCUGAACCAGGAGCAGGUGGCCGACCUGAACAAGCAGGCGACCACGUACGGCAUGGCGGAGGGGGACUUUGUCAGGAUGUUACGGAAGGACAAAGAGGAAGCGGAAGCUAUUAAAAACGCCAAAGCCCUGGAAGAGGAAAAGGCGAUGUACUCGGGCCGUCGCUCUCGCCGCCAGAGGAGGGAGUUCAGGGAGAAACGCUUGAAAGGGAGGAAGAUCAGCCCCCCCAGCUACGCACGGAGAGACAGCCCCACCUACGAUCCCUACAAACGCUCCCCCUCGGAGUCCACCUCUGAAUCCCGCUCCCGUUCCCGCACCCCGUCUCCCGGCCACGAGGAGAAGAUCACCUUCAUCACCAGCUUCGGCGGCAGCGACGAGGAAGCAGCGGCGGCAUCCGCGCAAGCCGGCGGCGUCCCCGGAAAAGCCACUGCGCUCAGCAAACAGCGCUCCGCCCCAGGGCAGCCGGGCAGCGCCGCGGCAGGUCAUAGCACCUCGUCCCGGAGACGCUCCUCGUCCUCCUCCACCUCCCCGUCCUCCUCCUCCCGCCGGUAUUCGCGCUCCCGCAGCCGCAGCCGCCGCUACUCGGGAGGGGGCUCGCGGGACAGCCGGCGCCGUUCCAGAUCCUACUCCCCCGACCGGGGAUAUCGCUACAGCUCCCGCCGCCGCUCCAGGACGUUCUUUCUACCGUACCGAAAGACGGGAAGCGGCUGGAGAUACGCCCAGAACGUGACUGUCGAUGAAAUCAUGACCGCCUACAAGCAAGCCUGCCAGAAGCUGAACUGCAAGCAGAUACCCAAACUACUGAAGCAGAUACAGGAAUUUAAAGAUCUGGCUCCCAGGAUAGACUGCUUAGAUCUGAAAGGGGAGAAGCUGGAUUACAAAGCCUGCGAGGCGCUGGAAGAAAUUUUCAAGCGGGUCCAGUUCAAAAUUGUUGAUUUGGAGCAAACGAGCUUGGAUGAAGACGGCGCCUCGGCGUUAUUUGACAUGAUCGAGUAUUACGAGUCGGCGACGCACCUCAACAUCUCCUUUAACAAACACAUCGGCACCCGAGGCUGGCAGGCCGCUGCCCACAUGAUGAGGAAGACGAAUUGCCUGCAGUACCUGGAUGCCCGAAACACGCCCUUGCUGGACCACUCCGCGCCCUUCGUGGCACGCGCCCUGCGCAUCAGCAGCAGCCUGGUCGUCCUGCACCUGGAGAACGCCAGCCUCUCGGGACGCCCGCUCAUGCUGCUGGCCACGGCUCUGAAGAUGAACAUGAACCUGCGGGAGCUGUACCUGGCCGAUAACAAGCUGAACGGGCUGCAGGACUCGGCUCAGCUCGGCAACCUGCUGAAGUUCAACUGCUACAUACAGAUACUCGACCUGAGGAACAACCACAUCCUGGACUCAGGCUUGGCGUACGUCUGCGAAGGGCUGAAGGAGCAGCGGAAAGGGCUGGUCACUCUGGUUUUGUGGAACAACCAGCUGACUCACACCGGCAUGGCCUAUCUGGGGAUGACGCUGCCUCACACGCAGAGCCUGGAGACCCUCAACCUGGGCCACAACCCCAUCGGGAACGAAGGCGUCCGCAACCUGAAGAAUGGGCUGAUCGGGAACCGCUCCGUCCUUCGCCUGGGCUUGGCGUCCACCAAACUGACCUGCGAAGGUGCUGUGGCGGUGGCGGAGUUCAUCGCGGAGAGCCCGCGGCUGCUUCGCCUGGACCUGCGGGAGAACGAGAUCAAGACGGGUGGCCUCAUGGCGUUGUCGCUGGCCCUGAAGGUCAACCACUCGCUGCUGCGCCUCGACCUGGACAGGGAGCCCAAGAAGGAGUCGGUAAAAAGUUUCAUCGAAACCCAGAAGGCUCUCCUGGCCGAGAUCCAGAACGGCUGCAAGCGCAACUUCAUCCUGGCCAAAGAGAAGGAGGAGAAGGAACAGAAGCUGCAGCAGUCGGCCUCGAUGCCGGAGAUCACCGUGACGGAGCCUCUGGAGGAGGGUCCGGCAGAAGACGGCCGAGAUGGCAGCGCCGCCUCCACUCCGGAAGAGGGGGAAGAAGCCGGGGAGACCCCGACGGCCUCGGAGAACGGGGACACGGAGCCGGCGGAGGACGACUCCGAUUCGGACACGGACGAGGAGGCGGACACUGGGUUAGAGACGAAGGACUUGGGCGAAACGCCGAAACGCCCCGACUCCGCCGACAGCGCUACCGUGCCCCAGCCGCUGCUGUCCCUGGAGAAGCUGAGGGACCGGCCGCCCCCCCUGCACAUCGCCGAGGAAUUGCAGCGUGACGCCGAUACGGGGAGUCCUGCCGCCUCUCCGGCCUCUGCACCCUCCCAGGGAAACGAGAGAAGGAUUUCGGUUUCCAGUCCUGGGCGAGGCCAUAAAAUCUUCGUGGUGACGCGAGUGGAGAGCCUGCCGGAGCGAGCUGCCAGUGCCGCGCGCCCAUGGGAGGACGCCGAUGCUGCCGCGAAACCCGCUGAGCCCCAGAGCCCGGCUCCGGCCACAAAACCUGAACUCCCGGCGCCAGCGGCGCCGGCAGUGCCGAGCGCCGGCUCCGACCCCGAGCGGGGUGACCCCGCGGCCUGCGAGAGCGCGGCCCACGACACUCCCCUCCCCAACGGGCUGAAGACGGAUUUUGCGCGAGCGCUGCCGGAGGCGUCCUCGGACGGCGAUGGGAAAAUGGGCAGCUGCGCCGCCGAGCACGAGCUGAGCUGCUCCAAGAACGAGCAGGAGCUGGAGGAGCUGCUCCUCGAGGCCAGCCAGGACGCGGGGCAGGAGCUGCUGUGACCGCAGGUCCUCGGGGCCGCUCGGCAUCAAGGGGAGGCUCCGGCGUAGCUUUAUUUCUCUUCCCACUCCACACAAUGAUUAAGAAACCAAACCUCGGGCUUCAGGACAAAGGGUUAUUUUAAAAUUUUUUUUUUCCCCAAACAGUUUCCUGCCCCCAGCCUCUUCCCCAGGCGCCCGACUCGCCUCCCCGGCGCGGAGGGACCCUGCUGUGUCCCCAGGGCGAUGGAGGGAAGGGAAGGAGAGCAGAGAAAAAUGACCCAGACGGGGACGUCCCGGCUCCCAGCCGUCCCUGCCCUCGCUGGACACUACCUGACACCUUCGCCUUUUCUUUUUCUAUCUUUCUCCGAGGAGGAGAUCCCCCGCCGGGGCGAAGGCGGCACGGCCUCGGUCCCACCCGGGGAUAGAUUAAAAAAAACCACACCACACACUACAGGGACCGAGGUGCCGGUGGCACGUGCCGGGAGAAGGAUGGAGGGCUGCGUGGCCGGGCUGCCGUCGCCCGCGGGGGAGCGUCUGUCACUAAAGAUACCCAGGACAGGCUGCGUCCGCAGCCACAAUGGUUAUUUAUUUUUAAGUUCCUUUUUUUUUGUUUGUUUGUUCGUUUGUUUUCGGUAUAUAUUUAUCAUCAUCUGCAAAGUUACCGGGUGGGGGUUUAGAGGAUGGUGUUAGAAUUAAUUAAUUCCUUCUGGGCUAACCUGCAACUGAACUCCUGCUCCUGGGCUGCCGG